ACAUAGCUACUGCUCAGGCCCUUAAGCACAUUACUAAGGCCUGCACUUGGCUCUUAAGUGCCUCUCAUUUGUAUGCUUAAUAAACCAUUCCUACUGGUCUUGAAAUUCUUUGUCAUGCAUGUUAAGGACCUGGGUCACCUGAAUAAGAGUCACUGUGGGUUAGAGAUUUUACAUUUGUACUUCUGCUGUUGUGGCAGGUCUAAAGCUGGCUGGGAGUGAGAAUUUCUGGGCACCCAUCACCCCAACCCCUCGUUAGGGGUAGGGCAAGAUGAAAGCUGUUCCUAGGUCUAAGCUAGCCUAGCCUGUCCCACAGCUGAGAGAACAAUGCGGAAAAAAGGGCGGGAGGGUGACAUUACCAGGAGCACACUGCUUCCUGGGACAACUAGUUGGGGUGAGACCUUAUUAGUCUGAGACCAGGUAGACCCCAUAAAUCAGGAGCCAGGGUCAGAUAGCUACAGACCCAGGUGAAUAGCCAGGGUAUCGAGGGACCCUUAGGGUGGAGCGGGACUUGGUCUCUGGCAGUAUUUGCUGGGCCAGUGUCAGUCUGUUGUUGGGCCUGUGAUUCUUGGCCAUUGAAGUCUGAAUGGAUCAGGUUUUCAGGCCCAAGAGGGUACUAUCUGCAUUUUCACUCAGGUUCCAGCUCUUCUGUGUCUGGGUGGGUGUCCCUGGAGAAGGGGGGCGCCUGCUCACAAACCAGAGUUCUUCUUAGCCAGUACCCCGGUCAGUAUGAAACUCUCACCUCUCCACUCACCCAGGCCCCCUAAGUCCAGUGGCUGCCCACACUGUGGGGUCGAAGGAAGGAGGCUGAAGGGCCGGGAGGCCCUCCGGAUCUCUCAGAUGGCUUUGCCCAGCAGGUGUCGUGAGGGGCGGGGCCUCAGGGGCGCGGCCGUUCCCGGCGCAAUCCAGUUGGGUCUCGCGCUCGAGUCCUGCCCCCUGCCGACAGGCCCCGCCCUCGUCCCCGCACUAAAACACCUCCUCCUCUGCCUCCCGGCACAGCGUCUCCGCCUCCGCCGGCGGGGACCCCAAGCUACCGCGACUGCGGGACCCACAGCCCGCAGGACACUGAGCCACGAUGUUUCCGAGGGAGACCAAGUGGAACAUCUCGUUCGCUGGCUGCGGCUUCCUCGGUGUCUACCACAUUGGCGUGGCCUCCUGCCUCCGUGAGCACGCGCCCUUCCUGGUGGCCAACGCCACGCACAUCUACGGCGCCUCGGCAGGGGCGCUCACCGCCACGGCACUGGUCACUGGGGCCUGCCUGGGUGAAGCAGGUGCCAACAUUAUUGAGGUGUCCAAGGAGGCCCGGAAGCGAUUCCUGGGCCCUCUGCACCCCUCCUUCAACUUGGUAAAGACCAUCCGUGGCUGUCUACUGAAGACCCUGCCUGCUGAUUGCCAUGAGCGUGCCAGUGGACGCCUGGGCAUCUCCUUGACUCGUGUUUCAGAUGGAGAGAAUGUCAUCAUCUCUCAGUUUAACUCCAAGGAUGAACUCAUCCAGGCCAAUGUCUGCAGCACUUUUAUCCCAGUAUACUGUGGUCUCAUCCCUCCUACCCUCCAAGGAGUGCGGUAUGUGGACGGCGGCAUUUCAGACAACUUGCCACUCUAUGAGCUGAAGAAUACCAUCACAGUGUCCCCGUUCUCAGGCGAGAGUGACAUCUGCCCACAGGACAGCUCCACCAAUAUCCAUGAGCUUCGUGUCACCAACACCAGCAUCCAAUUCAACCUGCGCAAUCUCUACCGCCUCUCAAAGGCUCUCUUCCCACCAGAGCCCAUGGUUCUCCGAGAGAUGUGCAAGCAGGGCUACAGAGACGGACUUCGAUUUCUUAGGAGGAACGGCCUACUGAACCAGCCCAACCCCUUGCUAGCGCUGCCCCCAGCUGUCCCCCAGGAAAAGGAUGCAGAGGGAGCUGCUGUGACUGAGGAGAGGACUGGAGAGGAGGGCCAAUUGCAGCCCCAUGGAAAAGAUAGAAUUCUAGAGCACCUGCCUGCCAGACUCAAUGAAGCCCUGCUGGAGGCCUGUGUGGAGCCUAAGGACCUGAUGACCACCCUCUCCAACAUGCUGCCCGUGCGCCUGGCGACUGCCAUGAUGGUGCCCUAUACUCUGCCACUGGAGAGUGCAGUGUCCUUCACCAUCCGCUUGUUGGAGUGGCUGCCUGAUGUUCCUGAGGAUAUCCGGUGGAUGAAAGAGCAGACAGGCAGCAUCUGCCAGUAUCUGGUGAUGAGGGCCAAGAGGAAACUGGGUGACCAUCUGCCCUCCAGACUGUCUGAGCAGGUGGAACUGCGUCGAGCCCAGUCUCUGCCCUCUGUGCCACUGUCUUGCGCCACCUACAGUGAGGCACUGCCCAACUGGGUCCGAAACAACCUCUCACUGGGGGACGCGCUGGCCAAGUGGGAGGAGUGCCAGCGUCAGCUGCUGCUGGGCCUCUUCUGCACCAACGUGGCCUUCCCUCCGGAUGCCUUGCGGAUGCGCACACCUGCCAGCCCUGCCUCCACAGACCCUGCCCCUCCACAGCAUCCACCUGGCCUCCCACCUUGCUGAGAGCGGUCAUUCCCAGUUUCCUUGGCUACCAGCCAAGCUCCAAGUUGCCCUGCCCCACUAAGGGGAGCCCUGGGGCUGUGGAAUGAGGACAUGGGACCCUGCACAGCUGCAAAGGGGGGUUUGAUGUAAAGCCUUUGACCAGCCACUCACUAUGCUGCUCCUGGUGGGGAGGGAUAGGAGUGACCUCCCUGGAGCCCACAGAGCCCCUCCCCUUCACCUGUGCCUUACUCUCCCCCCCUGCCUGCCCACCACAGUGCAGGGUCAGUCCUGAGAACUCCACAGCUGCUGCUUCUCCCCGUUUUUCAAGUUUCCUUGCAGAGUGUGUGAAGACUUAUUUAUUUUUGCCAAAGUAGAUACAAUAAAAGCCACAGCUCAGCUUC